AUGUCGGCUUUCGAAAGCCCAUGGCAUUCUCGCAGUAUGGCGGUAGGAAGUGGGUCUGGCCAGCGCCCAAUCAUACUGAUCACAAGCCCGGCCCCGCCAGCUCCUCCAGCUCCUCCCGCACCUCCGGCACCCCCUGCGCCUCCGGCGCCACCUGCGCCCCCUGUGCUUCCCCCGGGCUUCGCUGACUGGCGCACCACUCCUCCUUUGGACCCGCUCGAGGAGGAGGGGUUUCCUGAACACGUCGCUGAGGACGGUGAGAACGAGACGAAUGCCGAGAACGAGAACAUGGAAGACGACGUCGGGGAUUUCCCGAUCCCUACGUUUCCGGAUGACUUGAUCCACAACGAAAACGGGCCUCGCUCCAACGUUGACGGUGCUCCAGCAGUUCACAGCGCCCGCAAGACUAACCACCGUCGCACUGCGCGAACCAUGGGUGAGAAGCAGGAAUGGCUCGCGCGGAUGGACGAUGAGAAGCUCUCUGUCCGCGCCACUGCACGUCUCGCCGGGGUGCAGCCUGUCAGCGUCCGCCGGUGGAUAAGGGCGGCGGAUCGGAUUAAGAAGGUGGCACCGUCCAGGCGCCGACUUAGUGACGUGCACGUCGCCCCUGAGGUGGAGGAGUGGGUGAACCCACUGUUCGCCACAGCCGCGGAGGAUGAGGAGGCGGCAAAGGUUGCGGAUGCUGAGGAUGCCGGGGACCUAGAGGAGGAGGAGGAGGAGGAGGAGGAGGAGGAGGAGGAGGAGGAGGAGGAGGAGGAGGAGGAGGAGGAGGAGGAGGAGGAGGAGGAGGAGGACGACGACGACGACGACGACGACGACGACGACGACGAUGUGGAUGACGAGGAAGAGGAGGCGGAGGGUGGGCUGGAGGAGGACGCGAACGCUAAGUGCUUGAUGGAAUCUAACAUGACCAAGCCAUAG